AUGCAUGACUUUGAACAGAAUUAUCAAUCAAAUGAAGAGAAUAUUGGUGGGAGUAAGCAUAGAGCUUGUAAUGGGCUAACUGUACAGGGGAGGCAAGAUCCUCCUAUACAAAUGUCAGGACGCACAGUGAAAAGUAGCAUUCCACCAAAUCUACCAAAUGGUUCACUGGUCGCAUCUUCAAACCAUCUGGACUCAAACCAAAACUCCUGUUCAUCUUCUUCAACAAGACAAGGUUUUCCACGUCAAAUUACUGAUUACAGAGCAAUCAUUAAUCAAGAAACACGUUUACCCUUAGAAGAAAAUCAUCCUUCAGAAGAAGAACGUUUAUUAAAGCCAUUAGGUGGUUAUUUAGGCUAUACAGGUGAAUGGCGAAGUUUAGCUUUAACAAUUUCACGUGAUAUAUUCCUUCAAAAUCCAAAUGUUCGAUGGGAUGAUAUAAUCGGUUUAAGUUCUGCUAAACGUCUUGUAAAAGAAGCAGUGGUUUAUCCAAUAAAAUACCCUCAGUUGUUUGCAGGAAUAUUAUCACCUUGGAAAGGAUUGCUACUCUAUGGACCUCCAGGCACAGGAAAGACUUUACUUGCUAAAGCUGUUGCGACUGAAUGUAAAACAACAUUUUUUAAUAUUUCUGCAUCGACAAUUGUUAGUAAAUGGAGAGGUGAUUCUGAGAAAUUGGUUCGUGUACUUUUUGAAUUAGCUAGAUUUCACGCUCCUUCAACCAUAUUCUUAGAUGAGUUGGAUUCGUUAAUGUCACAAAGAGGUUCCAUAUCAGGUUAUAGUUCUUCUAGUGGAGGGAAUUCAAAUCUGUCAUUUGGAAAUGAACAUGAAGGAUCACGUAGAAUGAAGACAGAAUUACUAAUGCAAAUGGAUGGUCUAGCAAAAUCUGAUGAUCUUGUCUUUUUACUGGCUGCUUCUAAUUUACCAUGGGAAUUAGAUCAUGCAAUGCUUCGUCGAUUAGAGAAAAGAAUUCUAGUUGAUUUACCAAAUAAAGAGGCACGAAUGCAUAUGUUUGAAUCAUUUUUGCCACCGGUUAUUGGACAUGGUACAUCAGGUGGAUUACAAUUAAAAUGUUUUCUGGAUUAUGAUGUAGCCGCGGAAUUAACUGAAGGUUACUCUGGUUCAGAUAUACGUCUAGUGUGUAAAGAAGCAGCGAUGCGUGUUGUUAGGAAAAUAUUUGACGUCUUGGAAAAUUGUUCUAGUGAAAAUCUACCCAAAACACAAAUUCAUGUUGAUCCAAUCACAACUGAAGAUGUGAAAGCUGCCAUCUCAUCGACAAUGCCUUCAGCUAGACAAUUGGCAGGAAAAUAUCUAGAAUGGCAACAACAGUUUGGUUCUUCUUAA